AACAUAGCAAUAGAUUUUUCUGUAUAUAUUUUUUCAAUUUCAUCGAUGAAAAUCUGUGGAAUUUAACAAGCCAGACCUAAAUCGCCUCUUUCAAUUCUCUGCAAAAUCGAUCCAUGGAGACUCAUAAACAAGUAGCAACAUACGUUUCUGAGAAUUCCAAGAAAAGAGUGUUUCCAGGUGGAAGUGCCAUUGAUGUUGAGGUACUGGAAAUUUCGCGACCUACCAAUUGGAGUUCGAAAUCAAAAACUCCUAAGAAAAAGGAGGUUAUUUUCCAUGAAAUAAUAGAUGUUGACGAAGAAGACUUUAGUGAUGUUAAGCACUCUUGUGGAAAUGUAAAAUUUAGUGGCAAGGGGAAGGAUAUUUUGGUUGGUAAUGGUAGCUCGGGUAAUAGUGGACCAGUAGAUGGGGUUCAGUCUUCAAAUACGAAAUGCCUUUCGUCAUCAAAAAAGAAGAAGAAUUGCCUUUCAGUAUCUAAUAGUCCAAUUAUUAUAGACGAGUUUGGUUCUGAUGUACUAUUCGGUGCUGAUGAGAACAUGGACAUGUAUUAUGAUGAUUUAGUGUAUUCCGACUAUGCUGUUUUACAAGCACAUUUUGAUAACAUGGAUAUCCCCCCUGGAGUUGAGGCUCCAAUCCCAUGGAUGCCUGGUCCCAUGAAAGAACAAAUGGUGUCAACCACUACAAGUACUUCAGGAAGAGAUGUCUCUGGGGCAGUAAGGGACCAGUCCACUUCAUUUAGCAGCUCUACUCUCGUUGGUCAGCCUACACAGUUUGGGUCGUCUUGGUCAUCCCCAGGACCUUCUUUAGGCAAGGAGGGACAAUUAGUCAUUGGAAAUUCGAAUGAGAAGAGUUCUAAGGGAGCAAGUAAUUCAAAGAUCCUCUCAUCUGGGGCAGAAAAAAAGUUUUCCACUAUUAGAAAGAAAAUCCAUUCAUCCAGUGCUACAGCCUCUUUUGAUUGGAAUAACCCAUAUAAAUUGUAUGAAGAGUCAUUAUCUCAUUAUGGAAAGAAAUUAGGUUCAUCCGGUGCUACAACCUCUUAUGGUUCGGGCAACCAAUCUACUCCUAUUGGGCCUUAUUUUCCAAAUCCCGUGGGAUCUCCAGUGUCUGAUAUGAAGAAUUUAUUUCUUAAUCAAACCACUCCAAUUUCAGCAGGAAUUGCUCAUGCAUCAGCUGCUAUGACAAACUAUUCCCCCCUGAGUUUGCAUAAAAGGGCAACAACUGCAGGAUGUCCUUCAAUUCCUUCAGGAUCGGCUUGUAAUGGAGAGCAACAUAGAAAUUUAGCUGAAAUUCUGAAGAAAUUCCAAGUUUUCAAAAAAUUUGAUACUGUUGAGGAUCAUUCGGACCAUUUCUAUUCUCGACAGGCUUCUUCAGGGAACCUGCCUUCUAAGAAUUGGGCCAAGAAAAUACAGGAGGAAUGGAAGAUACUGGAGAACGAUCUGCCUGAUACAAUAUUUGUCAGGGUGUACGAAUCAAGAAUGGAUCUGUUAAGAGCAGUUAUCAUGGGUGCUGAUGGAACUCCAUAUCAUGAUGGCCUUUACUUCUUUGAUGUUUUCUUUCCAAGCAACUAUCCCAGUGUCCCCCCGCUUGUGCACUACCAUUCCUUUGGCCUUCGAAUCAAUCCUAAUUUGUAUAACUGUGGAAAAGUCUGCCUGAGUUUACUUAACACUUGGACUGGCCAAGGGAAGGAGAAAUGGAUCCCUCGUGCAUCUACUAUGUUACAAGUCUUGGUGUCCAUACAGGGGCUAAUUUUAAAUGCAAAACCCUAUUUCAAUGAGCCUGGUUAUGCAAACACAGGCGGGACAACCAGAGGGGAUGCAAGCUCACUGCAGUACAAUGAGAACACUUACAUUUUAAAUCUGAAAACGAUGGUCUUCUCCAUGAGGCGUCCACCAAAGUAUUUUGAAGAUUUUGUAUUAGGGCAUUUCUUUCGAAGUGCUCAAGAUAUUCUUGUGGCAUGUAAAGCAUACACAGAUGGUGCUCAAGUAGGUAGCCUUGUCCGGGGUGGUGUUCAGGAUGUUGAUGAGGGCGACAAAAGCUGCUCACCAACUUUCAAGGCUUCUUUGGCCGGAUUCAUCAAGACAGUUAUAGAUACAUUUAAGGAGAUUGGAGUAAAGGAUUGCGACAAAUUUCUUCACUUGACACAGAGAGGGACUGGAGUAGCACCUGUUGUUCCUGCAAACACUGCGAAUUAUUUCUUCAGUUGAGACCAUGCUGACAUUGGAUUUUGACAAUAGGUGAAUUGAGACUAAUUUUUGCCCAACUAGUUCAACUUUAAUUGGGUAAAAUAUACUAGUACAUUAUUAGCUUCGUAUUAUUAGUGCUCUUUCUAGCUUUUGUUCAGAGUUUCCUCAACUGUUUUUAUGAGUUCAUAAAGAGCAAAAGUAGAGCUCAUUAGAGAAUUAUGAAUGACUUGUUCAUCUGGUUUAUCAUAUGUAUAGAUACAUCUACUACAAUUUAUAUAGGCUUUAUUAUUCUU